AUGGAUAAAUUCAACGCAUUCCGCCAGGGUGAUGGACCGACUCUUUACGUUGAAAACCACACGCCGGUCACAGUGGACAAGCUAGAAGUUGGACUGAUAACCUGCACGUGUGUGAUUGUAUUCGCUUACUUGGUGGUCCUGCCUGGCAUACGAGGUACAAAGAGGGUGUAUGGUGCGUUGAGGACGUUAUUGACCAUUUAUAUUGGUGCUACUAUAUUACUUGUAAAUUUUGGACAAGAGUGGGAAGUGGCGAAUAUCACAACAAAGGUUGAAUACAAAGCGGCUAUGAGCGAAGAUAUCGUGGCAGAGAUUGGAGUCAAAAUUGGGCUUCGCAGUGUAAAUAUAACAUUGAAAGGCACCCCAGAACACCAGCUUGGCGAACGAAUCAACUACAACGAGCGGUAUUCAUGGGCGCCAUUUUGGGGACAAGGAAGGAAUUUUUACGGACCAUUCGCUGGACAAAUCAACCAGGAAUUCAGGGAGUCACAAUACAGGGGACUUCCAUAUCCUAUUUUAUGGAUCGCAGAAUAUUUCACGUUAGAUGGAGAAAACAUCCGCUGGGGACGCUCUUAUCGAAUGUCGGGGCUCUAUACGCAUAUUCUCCUAUGGUCGGCAUUCCCCACUUGGGUCAUUGCAAAUAUUUUGCUAUUUAUGAUGAUACGCUACGCUGCGUACUGCAUGGUACUGACCGGAUUUUGGUUGAUUUGGGGCAAUAUUCUCUUCACUAUCUUACGAUGGGGUCCAAUACUGAGUAUACCAUUCGCAGACGAUGUUCUACAUUUCCGCUAUGGCUGGUGCUAUUGGAUGACGUUAUCAACAGGUAUUCUCUGCAUGCUUUACGGUGUAGUCUUGUAUAUUUGUAACCGAACGUGGCCAGUGAAGACGAGUAAAUUCUUCCAAGAUCACGACAUCCCGGUCCAGCAACAAAGACGAAGAGGACAAAACAGCGAUGAGAAUUUGCCCGAUUAUGAUAACGAUAGAGUGAUUGUAAUACAAACAUUAAAUCGUCAAGAUGAAAUCCAAGAUGCUUCUAGUUCGCAAUUCAGUUCCGGUAGUUCGUCCGGAAGUGAAAUCACGGAUACUGGACGUGUGAUACCAAGUCAUCGAUCUAUCAACGUAUCGGCAGUCAUGUCACCAAAUCUGUCGCUGGAGGAUGUUUAG